CAUGACCAAUAGUACCUCAAUGGCGUCACAGCCCGAAGAACUGUGCCUUGUCUGUCAGGAUAUCUCGACUGGCUAUCACUACGGCGUACCGUCAUGUAAUGGAUGCAAGACAUUCUUCCGGAGGACAAUUAUGAAAAAUCAAAACUUUGUGUGCCAGUACGAAGGGAAGUGCCCCGUAGAUAAAAGUAUUCGAUGUGCUUGUCGUCACUGCCGUUUUCAAAAAUGCCUUCAAGUUGGAAUGGACCGAAACGCUAUUCAACAAAAUCGUGAUCCUAUUGGCUAUACGAAACGGACACGGCGAUAUCCUCUCGUUAAAAGAGCCGAGAGUUCCGAGGAAUGUUCUCCGAAAAGCAGCGUAGUGAACCCGAACGAAUCGGCAGAGGACGCGUUUCUCAUGUAUCUGACUCGGGUUGAGGGAUUGGCUCAAACGUUACGGCUCAGUCGGUUCACCACCAGCAGCCAUCUCAUUGAAGCUGUCACCUCUCCGUGCCUUUUGGCCGACGAGAAUUUCAUGGCAUUAAACUCGGAAGUGGCACCGGAGCACACUUUUACUAAACUCACUUACGUCACUCAAUCGGAUUAUCAUUACUGGCAUGAGCGCGAUUGGUUUGUGAUGAUCGAAUGGGCCAAGUCGAUACCGGCAUACCAACAGCUGCCACUGCCUGACAAGUUGGCUCUUCUGAGACACUCCGCUAUUACGUAUCCCAGUUUGAUCCACACAUUUUUUUCUCCUGAUCACGGUCCUGACACCAUCGUUUUUCCGAAUGGAGCUUUCUUCGAUAGGACCAAUGAACCGCAAAGGCCAGUCGGAUUCAAUCGAAAGAAAUAUCAGAUGCUCGACCAAUUGUUGAAACCUAUGCGCGAGAUGGGGAUCGAUCUUACCGAAUUUGCCGCUUUCAAGACAAUAUUCUUUCUGAAUCCAGACGCCGACGAUGUCAGUGCGAUUUCCAAACCGAAACUAAGCGAAGGACGGAGUGCCAUUACGAAUGCCUUGUAUCGUUACAUAUUUGGCCGAUUACUGUUACUUGGGACAGUACUAGCGACAAUGGCCGUUGAAAUGAAAGAAGCUGUUUUGGUGGCGGAUUUCUUCGACCAAAUCAAGUUCACAACAUUUGCCAAGCAAUUACUCUUUGGAAUCAAGAACGAGUAA